CUGCUUCUUUCGGUAGCCGACUUCCUCCUUUCACUUGGGAUUUUUUAUUGGCUUUCAGACCCAACAGCACAACGUGCAUAUACGCUGGAAAUCCCUUCUAUCUUCACAAUAACACAAUCAAAUAUUUCUUCAAUCACAAAUUCUUCGUUUUCUAAUUGAUCUAAACAAGAAUUGAUUCUUGAUUCUUGAUUCAUCUGAUUCCAUCACUUCUGCUUCUACUUUAAGUCUUCACUGUAUAUUAUAUACCAGAUUAUCCAUCUGUUAUUUGGUUCGAAAUCAUCAUCCCCGAAAUGGGUACGAGGAAUUGCUCAUCUUUUCAAUCACACAAUUAUUUCCACAGACUUGCAAAAGCCUUAGAGUUUGCAGUUUCUGAAUGGUUGCUCAUGUUCUUAUUGUUCAUUGAUGCAUGUUUCGCUUACUUGAUCGCAAAAUUUGCAUCCUACUGUCAACUACAAGGUCCAUGCCUAAUGUGCUCAAGAUUUGAUCAUGUUCUAGCCAGGGACAAAAAGGGAAUUUACUUGGAUUCGAUUUGUAAUCAUCAUAAGUCCGAGAUUUCUUCUGUAGUUCUUGGCCAUGUUCACGAUAAACUCAUUGAUGUUCAUGGAAUCUGUGAAAAUUGUCUUUUGUCAUUCGUCACCGAGACCAAGAACACGUUCAAUGCUGAAACUUUCCGAUUAUUAGUUGGCAAAAUGGGAUCCAACCCUUCACUUGAAGUUCGUAAUCAUGAUUCUUCGUGUUCAAGAAUCUGUUUUUGUUGUAAUGAGGAAUGUGUUUCAAGAGAUUAUGAUAUGAACUUACAUCCUACAAGUUCUAUUCAUCCUGAUGCUCCUAAGAAUGAAACUGAUGUUUUUGAGGAUGAGUUUCAUGAACCGUUUAGAUCUUCCCAAAUGGAAAAGAAUCAAAUUGAUGGUUCGUUAGAGUUUGAUUAUGAGAAAAUUAAUGUUAAUUCUGAUGGUGAAUCAGAACUCCCGAUUUCUGAUAACGAGUGUGGCCGUGCUUUUAUUCACUUGGAUUCACGAUCUAAGGUUCUUGAUCUUCAUAAUGAUCCUGUAACUGUUACAGCAAGUGAUUCGGGGGAACUUAAAUGGCGGACGAAUGCAAAUAAGGAAGAAACGUCUCGGGUUACUGAGCAAAUCUCCUCUGAUGAGGUUCAGUUAUCCAAUCUUGCAGAAACUCCGGCUGAUGUGUUUCUAGAGAUAACUGAUCAGCCAAGAACAGGUGAAGUGAUCAAAGAUCCUGUUGCAGAAAGCGACCCGUCCACAACCAUGAACGGCCACCGAGUCUCGAACCAUUUGGAUCUUGGUGACGCGUAUAAGCUUGCUAUAAGCAGUAAAGGAAGACAACUUCUAGAUCAGAAAUCCUUCCAAGAUUCUUCGACUAGAGUCACUGAAGACAUAAAGCUCUUAUUAUCCCACCGAUCUAACGACAAUCUAAUAAGCCCAAAGCCGUCUUUUAACAGCGAUGAGUUAAUGGGAAUACAAUUCCUUCAAAAACGUCUCUCUCUUGAAAGGAAUGAAUCUAAUAUUUCAUUAGAUGGAAGCAUUGUGAGCGAGAUUGAUGGAGAAACUGUGGUCGAUAGAUUAAAACGGCAAGUUGAACACGAUAAGAAAGUUAUGGGCAUUUUGUAUAAAGAAUUGGAGGAAGAAAGAAAUGCGUCGGCUGUGGCUACAAAUCAAGCGAUGGCUAUGAUUACUAGAUUGCAGGAAGAGAAGGCUGCACUUUAUACUGAAGCUUUGCAGUGUUUGAGGAUGAUGGAAGAACAGGCCGAGUAUAACAGCGAAGCGUUACAGAAGGCGAACGAUCUUAUUGAAGAAAAGGAAAAACAGAUUCUGGAUUUGGAAGAGAUUGUUAGAAAGAUUUCUGAAGAUGGUAGGGAAUGAAGCCGUGCUCGGUUUUCUUCAAGAUUUCCGUUCGUUUCGUACACAAACCUUGAAACAACUGGUCAUGAAUUUGAGUCCAACCCUUCAAGGCUGAGUCGACAUUGUGCUACAAUGGUGCCGGGUGGUUGAGCCAAACGCUUUGGUGUACAUGUUUUUCCGAUGGCUGCAUAAACAUGGAGCACAAUUAUAUGGGUAAGAUAUGGCUUUCAUGUAACCAGUUACUUUAUUAUUUGGGGUAGAGAAGUUACUUUAUUAUUUGGGGUAGAGAAGAUCUGCUUAAAUCUUACUCCUGAUCCUACCUCCUUGUGGAUAUAUUGGAUUGGAUUGGUUUGGUUU